CUAUAUAAACAAACCCAAUAGAGCAUAGAGAAUAAACACAAACACACAAUACAUAACCCAAAACCAAAUAAAUACACAACAAUGGCUAAAGCUUUUAGCCUAACGAUCUUGACCUUCCUCUUGAUAGCCUCAAAUGUGUACUCCGCUAGACUUCUCGAUGAGGUCGAACCUCAGCCGCAAUUAGUCCCUGCCACACCGGAAGAGGAGGAUGAAAAUCCACCAGUCGCAACAACAACUCCAACAACAACACAACCUCCACUACCAAUUCCCCUUCCAGGACAAGCCACGGGGGGACAUGUGCCUGUCCUAGAGUUCUUUAUGCACGACGUUCUAGGCGGGUCACACCCAUCAGCACGUGUAGUUACUGGGAUAGUAGCACAAACCGAAGUGAAUGGAAUACCAUUCUCUAAAUCCAACAACAACAUUUUUCCUGUAGAUAACGCUGUACCACUUGUAAACGCAAACAACAUCAACAAUAUAAUCAACCCAAACACGGCUCCACUCCUCACAGGACUAAGUGGCUCUCAAGCCAACACCGUCAUACAAAACACUAACGGUAACUCUCAAGGCUCCCUCAGCUCCAACAACCUUCCAUUUGUAACCGCAGGUCAACUCCCUCCCGCAGCUGCACUUCAGCAGCUCAUGUUCGGCACCAUCACUGUGGUCGAUGAUGAGCUCACUGAGGGCCAUGAGCUAGGAUCUACGAUUAUCGGCAGAGCACAAGGGUUUUAUAUAGCUAGUUCUUUGGAUGGAACUAGCCAGACCCUUUCCUUGACCGUGUUGUUCCAUGGAGAGCAUGAUCAUCACGACACGCUUGAUGAUGCCAUCAGCUUCUUUGGAGUCCAUAGGACUGCUGCUCAUGCCUCGCAUAUAGCUGUUGUGGGUGGGACUGGGAAGUUUGAGCAUGCUAAAGGGUAUGCUGUGGUGGAGACACUGCACAACCAGGAAGACCAACAUGUUACUGAUGGUCGUGAUACUAUUCUCCAUUUCAGCAUUUAUCUUACAUACUACAAAGCUUGAAGAUUAAUGUCUCAUUGUCUGAAAACUCUCCUUUACUUUAUCUGUAUGUUCUUACUAGUUUCAUGUGUGACUUUCGCUGUGUUGUGAACGUUUAAUGUAAAAAAAGUGUGUUAAAUGAGAAUCUCUAUUUUCAUUAUCCAAGUUUCUAUCUAAAUACACAAAAGGCUAGUUAAUACACUUUGGUGAGUAUCGUCCGAUUUAAAUCUCAAAAACUUUAGGGUUCAAGAUAAGAAAGAAAAAAAUAAUAACAGAGAUUCUCCAAUGUCGAUUACAGAUCCACAUAGUCAUGAGAACUCAUGGACUUACCUUGUUAAUGAAAUUUGGGUGAUUAAAAAUUAUUCGGAGAAUUGUUUUCGUAUUAUUAUUUUAUUCAUUUAAUAUUGAAUUAGAGCUUGAUCCACACAUGCGGUGUUGAUUUUACCUUUUUUAUAAAAAAAUUUAUGAGAUUUCUAAACAUAUAGGUUAUUUUGAUAUUUUUAGGUUUCUACGUUCCUACUCGAACCCGGAAUAAUCUGAUUGGAACCCUGUUCGAAAAUUUAUAACAUCCAAACAAAAUUUAAUAUUAAAACCCUAAAAUUCGAUACCCAAAAAACCGUUCUGUACCUGAACAGAUACAUCUGUACCUGAACAGAUACAUAGAUGCCUAUGUCUAACUGAUUCUGUAAAUAAAUAAAAAAUUCUUCGUUUGAAUUCUUGUCAUGGAUGAAGCAAUUUCAUCUAGAGCUGUGAAAUAAUAAUGGUUUACACGUAAAAUAAAUGAUCUCAAAUUAUUAUGGUAAUUAUAAUUAAUGAAGUAAUUAGUAAUUGGUAAGAGAAGCUCCAACAAUAUAUCCAAGACACUUCUAAGACAGUAUCCAUCUAAUUUUAAGGGUUUUAAUAAAAUCAAAAACAUGAAAAAUAGUUAGAGGUGUCUCUAAUUGUAGAUGUUUUUGGAGCUAUAUCCAAAGGAAACGUGUCCAUCUCUCAGUUGUUGAGUGUUUUAAACAAGGGGAAAAAAUUAAUAUGGUCCGAGUUCUCUCUCUCUUUCGCGGAAUUUUUUUUGGCUCUCUCUCUCUCUUGGGUUUGCGAUUCAGACGGCGAAUCAAUUCAUGUAGCCGCCGGUUGUAUAUGCAAUCCACCGCCGGUUGAGCAGAGAAUCCAACGCCGGAAGCAUCCUUUCACCACCGCCGGCUUCAUCAACGGAGAAAUUGGUGGAAUCUGAGGCUUGAUUGUUUCAGAUUUCUGAGUUGAAAUCGAAGAGAUUUCGAAGCAGGAAGCUUCUUCAUUCUUCUCUAGGUACGAUUCGAGGUUUAUAAUGUGUAGAUUCGUCUAUUUAAUCUGUUGAAUCUAGAAUAGGGUAUUUUGAUUUUAGGGUUCCUAAGAUUGUAAAUCAGGAUUCUUGGUUUAAAUGCGAAAUUAGGGUUAUUAACAUCAAUAAUUAGGAUAUUUAUUUGUUAUUAGCUAUUAUCAACAUAAUUAGGAUGUUGAUUCUUGAAUCCGAUUUGCAUUCUAUGAUCUCUUGUUGUGUUUUAUAGUUUUCAAUGACAUUAGCUGUGAUCAAUGGUUGUAGGCUGUUAAAUCGGAUCACUUCUCCUUAGCUGUGAUCAAUGCUUGGUUAUUUCACUCUGAAAAUGUUUGGUUGAUGUUAAAGUAGGACUGUCUACAUUAAAAUCGUGUUCUUAUUCAUGUCUAUAUUUUUUUAUGUAUUUAUGGCUGUUGAGGAUGGGGCUAAUGGAGAAGCUAGAAGUCUGUGUGGAGAGAGCUACUACGGAAGCUAAAUUUCAGCCUUCCAAGAACUUCCUCUCUUUAGUUCUCAGUGGACAAAUUCUCGAAGCCAAGAUGCAUAGACAACUGAAGACAAAAGAGGGAGAAGGAAUUGGUCACAGAAGGAAGAUUUGGUGCUCAUAAGUGCUUGGCUUAACACAAGCAAGGAUCCAAUUAUAGGGAAUGAACAGAAGGCGGACUCCUUUUAGAAAAGAAUUGGAGCUUACUUCAAUGAAAGUCCUCAGCUUGUUGGUAUGCCACAAAGAGAGGUUGGCAACUGUAAGCAAAGGUGGUUCAAGAUCAGUGACCAAGUCUCCAAGUUUGUUGGCUCUUUACGUGCUGCAACAGGUCAGCAGUCAAGUGGGCAGAAUGACAAUGAUGUCAUGAAGCUUGCUUAUGAAAUCUAUCACAAUGAUUACGCUGCCAAGUUCACACUUGAGCAUUGUUGGAGGGUGCUAAGAUAUGAACAGAAAUGGCUAUCAAAUUUUGGGACAGAGAAUAGCACGUCAAAAAAAAGGAAGGGUGAAGAUGGUUCUCAAGCUUCUGUCCAGUCAUCAAACCAUGGAGAUCGAGAAGAGGCUCGUCCUAAAGGUGUGAAGAAGGCAAAGGCAAGGUUGAAGGCAAAAGAGAUGGAAGCAACCAGCACCAAGCCUAUGGAGAAGUUGCAAGACAUGUUUGAGAUAAGGAAGCAGGAUCAUGAACUGAGGAAGCAGGAUCUUGAACUGAAGAAGCAGGACUUUGAAAUGAAGGAGAAGCUUAAUAAGCAACAUAUGUUGGAGACUCUCCUUGCAAAAAAAGAGCCUCUUAGUGAGAGUGAAAUAUCUUUGAAGAACAAACUAAUAAGUGAUAUAUUGUCAUAAGUUCCCGUGAGUCUUAUCUUGUUGUUGUUUGUUGAGUCUUAUGUUUUAAAAGUCACUCUGAAUGAUGUAUUUUCACUAUCUAUGCACUUGAGUCAGUAUGUUAGUAUGCA